CUCUGAAAUUUUGGCAGUUCCCGGUAAAGUGACACCGUACACGCAGAAACUGAUUGUAGAUUCCCACAACGCCUUCAGAAAACGUCUUGCUCCUAAUGCAACAAACAUGAUGAAAAUGGUAUGGGAUGAAGCUUUAGCAGAAGAGGCAAUGAAACACGCACUGAGAUACUCAAUGGAGCAUGAUAAAUACUAUGAUAGAUAUUCUGAUUCACUUCCUGGUGUUGCUACUGGACAGAAUUUGUGUUAUGGGUCAAUAGGUUGGUCAGAUUGUCUUAAUAAAUGGUUUAAAGAAGGAGACGACUUUGAGUAUGGGACUGGAUCGCUUACCGGGAAUGCUUGGGAUGUACUACAUGCUGCCCAGAUACUUUACUGGAAGACCAACCGUAUUGGUUGUGCCCGGGGAGUGUGUGGAUGUUCUGCAUAUUUUGUUUGCAAUUACGCAUACACAUUGGUGUGGGAAGAAUAUUCAGUGCCGUGGAUAAAUGGAGAACCAUGUGAGGCCUGUCCGAACAAUUGUGUUGACGGCUUAUGCGAUUGUGGCGGGAAAAUGUGCAUGAAUGAUGGAUCACUAGAUUUAGGAACGUGUGAAUGCACGUGUAUUAAUCAUCCGAACAGUCCUUUCCAAGGGAAUGAAUGCCAGUCUUUAAAUUGUGCUUUACCAAGUCCUGGUUAUUGUAAUGGCUAUACCAAUGACUUACAGGAGAUGUACUGCAAAAUAUACACCAACCUGAGAAAUGAGUGUCCCCAUUUCUGUAAGAGAUGUGAAUGA